CUUGUCUUGCUUUUCCCGAUUAAUAUCACACCAAGCUAUCAGUUUUUUUUUAUUCCGCGCAGACGUCUUGCGGACCGUGGCAACCAUGUUUGAUCCCGUGCUCUCGACUGGCGCCCAGGAAGAGUUGCCGAGCCCUGGGCCUCCGGGCCCGGCAUCCGACGCAUCCAAGGCUCGGCUCAUCAGACGACGGAGGCUACGCGCCUGUGAUGGCUGCAGACAGCGCAAGAUACGAUGUGACAAUGGCCCGGGAUCGUGUCGCAAUUGCCGGAUAUACGGCGUGGACUGCGUCAUCACUCGCGCCGAGGACGGCACUGAUAUUAAGCGAGGGAGCUGCAGGUCUGACUGCAAUCGGCACGGAGCGAAAGCCGACUGUCAUUGUCAGAACCCAGGCUCUCCCCCAAAGACAGGGAAUGUUCCUGUAUCCAGCCGUCCGAGCCCAGCCAACAGCCAAACCAAUCGGCAAAUAACGGUGGGUCUCGAGCGCGAUAGCAGCAACAACAACAGCAGCAACAGCAGCGUCAACAACAACCCCAACAACGAGACGCAGACUACUAAUGGCGAAUCACCUAGCGCCUCAUCUCGGCCACACGAUGUUCUGGAGGGCGUGGUGGUCAUCGAGACGAGCAGGGUUCCGCAGAAGAGCAAGUUCGCGGGGAUGAGCUCUGUGCACGUGCUGGCCAAGUCUGCCGAGGAGCUGUUCAAGAGCGAGGACCGGACAGGCCAAGUAGACGUCAUGGCUUUCUUUUGCCCGCUGAUGGCACUCUCUGAAGAGGUCGCCACGCCGCCUUUGAUGCUUCGACCCCUGGUCGAGCGCGAAAAGGCGCGAAAGUGUUUGCAGAAAUAUUUCGCUACAGUGCACUGCAUCGCGCCGGUAUUGGACGAGGAUACAACCUGGCGUUUGUUCGAGGACCUCUAUCGGGAUGGGAGCUCGAGCGACGUGAGCAGGAUGUGCUGUCUGUACCUCGCCAUUGCGAUAGGAGACUCGUCGCCGGACGGGCAUGCGACCCGAAACGUGCACUUUACGACGGUGUGGAGCUUGUACGACCGGCUGAUCGCAACUCCAUAUCUCCCCAGUGUGCAGGCACUCGUUUUGUUGACGCUGUUACUCAUGAACCUACACCGGGACGGACAGGCUUACCUGGCCAUUGGGUCUGCAGUACGCAUGGCCCAGUCAAUAGGCCUACACCGGCGACUUGCUGCCCACAAGCGACCGCAAGAGCUUGUCUUUGUUCAAAAGGAUAUCGGGCUGCGUAGUAGGGUCUGGUGGACUUGCUACUGGCUAGACAAAAAACUCAGCUUCGAAGGCGGCCGGCCAUCAUGUAUCAGCGACCCAGACUGCGAUGCCGAUCUCCCCACCUCGGACGAAGUCCUGUCCAGCUCAUCAUUGUCUCAGCAAAGCAGACAGCCUGCGCACCCCAACGUCUUCUCGGACCUGAUCAACUUGUGCAAGGUCCUCUCCCUUAUAUCAUCGAAUCUCUACUCGCGUGACGUGGCUGAGUGCUCCGAGGAGGAGCUGCUUGCGCGAAUAUCUCAAGCCGAGCGACAGCUCCGUGGCUGGGCUGAGACGCUGCCAGAUGGCCUCCGACCCGGUAGGGCCGAGUCACUGCUGGCGGCAUUCGAGUCGCAGCCGGCUAGCCCUCAGUUUGGGUCCCGGGUGCUGCACUGCAUGUACCACAACGCGCUACUGACGAUCCAUCGCGCCUCGCUGCUGAGCUGUGCAAACAUGUCCAGCGAGGGUGCGCAAAAGAUGGCUGCGGCUGCGAGGCCGGAUGCAAGGAUUGUCGCGUCUGCCAAUGCAUGCCUGAGUGCUGCGGCAGGGCUGGCACGGUCGGUUGAUGAGUUUGUCUGUACGCCGAGGUGCUGUGCCAUGGUUCGCUGGGCCAUGCCAUAUAUACUCAACUCGGUCUUUACUCUUUAUAUUGGCGUCAUGAAAUCGUCACUCAGUUGGUCUUGCGAGACCUAUAUAGCCAUCAUGACCAGCCUGUCGCGCUGCGUGCCACUGAUGCACAUGGACGCGCAGACGACAGAAGGGUUCAAUGCACUUUUUGGGAGGCUGAGGGCCGCGAUGGAGGCUUCGAGACAGAAGGGUUUGGGUGUCGGCAGUGGUAGCGGCAGCAGCAUUGGGCAGGCUCCUGCUGCAGCCGCCUUUUCUGCCAAUGGACAUGUGCAACAUCAUCCGCCGCCAGACGAUGAUUCACCAUCCUCUCUGGCGAUACAGGAUUGGAGAGCUGGUGACGAGACGCCCAAUCAACAGCAUGGUCCAGGGGAUGUCGGGGAAGAGGGCCUGGGCGGCUUGCUUGACUACCAACUACAGGACUAUAUGGGCGACGACUUUGGUUUAUUGAACGUGGACCUUUGGCCAGCGGCUGGGGAGGAUUUGGGCACGAUGAAUGGUAGGUAGAUACUGGCACCGAAAGGUCUGGUUAUUUACCCACUGAACUUCUGUCUGGACCGUCAUGAAUAUGCAUCCACCCCCGACGGACACUUGAGCAGUCUGUCAACAUAUUUGCGCAGCAUUUCAAGAGCUGUCAUCUUAUGGCGGGCUUUGCGCAGACAGUAUCUCGUCGCGACUCGUCGGCCGAUGCUCUACAUACAGCUCAACGACAUGCAGCAUCAGACGCUGCGGGUGUUGCCCGCGGCCGCAACCUCGAACUUCCUCGGGCUAUUGAUCUCGUUUUCCAUCAACGCCCAUGGCAGCAGGAUCUAGACGAAGGAGAAUCGGCCAAACGGCGAAAAGAUAAAGGGAAGACACAAAGACUGGCAACCAAAAGGCGACUAUCAAUCUUUGGUCUGCUGUUUCCUUGUAGUACCUUGGAUCGAUUUCUUUCGCAGGGGCAAGGCAAGAAGACGCCGACGACAUUGUUGCACCAGCUCGUAGUUUAGUAUCCAACAGGCACCCACACAUGCCACGGAAAUCAAUGAUCAGGCGGAACGAGAUUAUGUUGGCAGAAACCUGACAGACUAGCAAGCAUGCAAUGUGAAAAGUCCUUGACCACCUCUCUGUCGCCUGCUCCGCCGCCCCCCCAAUAUGACUGUGAUCCGCAUCCUAUCAUCCCGCGCCAUGUAUGUGAUUAAUAAUAAUUCAACUCUCUCCUGCUAUCGCGGUGACUUUCUUGUAAACAUGGAGCCCCCAGCCUUUCGGAACGCUCUUCUUGACGUCGUCGGUAUUUGUAGGAUUGCAGUUUGCAUCAACGGAAAUGACAACUUCAGUGCUAAACUCUGUAGGCUGGAAGGCAAUGGAGC